UGCGCCGACGUAAGGCCCCGGUCACAUGACCCCCGACGUCACCGAGGCCCCCUUUUUAUGCUGGCUGGGACGCGGCUGCUGUCGAAUUGUAAGGUAGUGAAAAGGUGGAGGAAUGAUUCUCUCGCAGGCUCAGUCUGGCGCCUAUGCCAGCAACUCUGAUGAGGAAAAUCCUGCAGAUGACUUCCUACAAGUGGAAUUAGAACUGAAUCUGAAGCUGGGCAAUCUGGUAUUUCAGGAUCCAGUAAAGUAUGUGUAUAAUCCCUUGCUCUAUGCCUGGGACCCACAUGAGAGGUUUGUGCGGACCUAUUGCCAAUCAAAAAAGGAAGUGCUUUUUUUAGGAAUGAACCCGGGACCGUACGGCAUGGCUCAGACAGGGGUUCCUUUUGGGGAAGUUAAACACGUACGUGACUGGCUUCAAAUUGAGGGCCAUGUUUAUAAGCCUGAAAUUGAGCAUCCAAAAAGGCCCAUUCGUGGUUUUGAAUGUCCCCAUAGUGAAGUCAGUGGUGCUCGAUUUUGGGGUCUUUUCAAAUCUCUUUGUGGGCAGCCUGAACACUUUUUCCAGCAUUGCUAUGUCCACAACCAUUGCCCUCUCAUAUUCAUGAAUCAGGCGGGGAAAAACCUGACCCCAAUGGAUCUUCCUAAAGCUCAGAGAGAUGUACUUCUGGAUAUCUGUGAUGAAGCCUUAUGCCAAGCUGUCAAGGCACUUGGGGUUAAGUUGGUGGUUGGAGUGGGCAAGUUUUCUGAGCAGCGUGCUAGAAAAGCUCUGGCUGGGGAGGGAUCAGAUGUUACAGUGACGGGUAUAAUGCACCCAUCUCCCAGGAACCCUCAGGCCAAUAAAGGUUGGGACGUUUUGGUAAGGACACAGCUCCAGGACCUGGGAGUUUUGUCACUAUUUGUCUGACUGACAGAAGGACCUGCAUUUUGCCAUUAGACUACAUGGUUACCGAUACACUACAUCAAUAACUACGUUUGCUUCAUUGUUUGUACCACACUAUGCCUUGUUCAAAUGUCAACACUCAUAUGAACGAUGCAGUAAAAUGGAACGGACUGUAUUAAUGGAUUAUAUAUGUAAAACACUUAUAUCCACUGUAGAAUUUAGUAAACUGUUUAAAAAAAGCUAUAAUCCUUUUAAACGUAACAAAUAACAUUUCCUAAAAUGAUUGCUAAGCUGCCGCUGCACUUCCAGUUGAAGACAGCCUUUCGAAAAUGUCAGUCGUGCAGGAUUGCCAAGUGCUGCUGGAACGCAUUGAAGGACAGAUGGAGCAUUCCUACAAUUAAGUAUUCUUGUCUGACCUUCACAUGUCAUGUAAAACAAAUCCCCAAGAAUCACACCUGUGGGUUUAUGGACAUAUUUUCAUUAUGUAGAUGAUAUCAGCUACUUUAUCUCACAAUUUUUCUAUUCCCUACUGGUGAAUAUCCAGAAUCGGUGUAAUGAAUGUAGGAAAAAAAAAGUCUUCUUCAUUUUUCUGUCAAUGUUAAUCCUUAGCCUUCUUCAGGAAAACGUUUGUAGCUACAACUUCUAGAUAACGAGUAGUAUUGUCUCAAUGAACAUUAACAUACUUUGUUUCUUAUGUCUUUGCACAGUAGCAAUGUAGCAGUUUCCUCAUCCUGUGACAUCAGUCAUGUUACAGACUAAAAGUCUACAUUUUACUGCUUUUUUUGUUUCAACGUACAAAAUAAGAGCCAACCUGUGAUAGGUACAUUUUAUAUGGAAGAUUAUCCUUCCACUUGCGUAAGAUGUCGUAUAAACAUAAAAUGAAGUUGCAUAUCAUCAGUGCUUGACGUAUCCAAGGACCGAGGAGUUUGCCAUUAAGGACUUGGAGACUUGAAACCAUUCCUUCCAUUCCCUGUGCCCAACUGUGCACCCAGUUUUUGACUGCUUUGUGUAACUGUUUAUGCAAGAAAUAUAGUUCUUGUCCUCUCUUGCAUUAUAAGUAAGAACAGUAAGCUUUACUGUUCAUGCAACUUUUGUUUUUGCAGAGGCAGACUUUUACAGACCGUUUAUAUCUAUAUCCUGCCCAGUCAUCUGUUGAUGUCCCUGGCUUGUUUCUAGUCUGUGCCGGCCACUGACUAAUGAGCUGUUCCACACUGUUGGUUGGCACAGCAGAUUACUACAGACCUCCAGCCUAUACAGUACAGAUCUGCAGUGAAAAAAUAUGUACACUCUGCUAGACAGAAAAAGGACACCUAUGUUUACAGACUGCACUUUUUUUGAAAGGUGUUUUUUUUUUUUUUUUUUUUUCCUGUUUAACCUGUAAAAUGCAGUAGAGUUAGAAAUAAUCUUUAGAUCAAACAUUUUUAAUAUUUUUUUUUAGAAUGCAACUUUGAUAUUGUGAAUAGUGUGUAUGUGUUGUGUUUUUUUAUUUUUUUAAGUCAUCCUAAAAUUUCAAUGGUUGCUGAAGAGCCUUCUGGAAAUCCCAUGGUGACCAGGAUGUAUAUGAAGCCAUGAGGUUGGCCAAUGGAGAUUUUGUACCUUAUUUGGAAGAUCUUAUCAACAAGCAGGUGGUGUAGGAAAAUGGCUUUCGUUCCAUUUAAGAUGUAGGGUAAACAGUGAAGGCUUAGUUAAUGACCUGGGUUCAUUGCCAUUACAGUGGAAAUCUGUAAAGAAAAUUUAACAUUUGCAUUUAAUGAAUGACUGUUUUGCUGUACAACCAUGUGAGAACUUGAACAAGAAAAACAGUUAUAUAUGUGCAUAGUGAAUCAUUUGGGUUGAUUUACUAAAGGAAUGAAGGCUGCUUCCUUGGCAAACUGAGUUCUCAGCUUAGAAAGUGUUUGUUUACUUUGCAGAAUGAAUGUUCAUGAAUAGGGUAACGCUUAUCCACUUUGAUAAUCCAAUCAUACUAGCAAACAUCCUGUGCUUUAUUUAUAUAAAGUGGAGCUCUAGUGAGUAUUAUACUUAAUAACGCCAAUGACAUCCGCCCCUUCUCUUAAUCAGUUGUCCAUAUGUCUAACAUUGAACAAGCCUCCAGAAAUACCUUUUUAAAAAGAAGUAAAAAGUCAAGGUCACAUGACCAGUUUCUUUCCCUAAAUGGUGGCAUUCUAAAGAGGAAUGCAUUGAACAAGGGACUACAUGUCCCAUAAUGCUGUGCUCCUCCAGCAGUAAGGGACGUGUGACAAGUAUAUAUUUGGGCUCAGUAAGAGACUCAUGAGAGAUCAGUGUCAGAGCAGGCCAUUU